AUGUCAGAUGAAGAGCUUUUUUCAGAGGAUUCUUAUGAAUUUGAGUUUGAAGAAGAUGAAGAUGGAGAUGGAGAUGACUCAGCUGGUCAAUUUGAUGGCUCUAACGACGAAGAUGAUCAAAUUGAACAAGACGAUAUGAGCGUGGAAAAUUUGUAUUAUACUGCCAAGGCUACUAAAGAUGAUGACCCACUUCUUGCAAUUGGCAAAUUUAAAAAGAUCACGGAGAUGGAAUUGAAAGAUUCAGAAGUUGAAUGGCAGUUUCGAUGUUAUAAGCAGUUGAUCAAAUUGUCGUUUUCCGAGGGUGAUUAUGACGCGGCAUUGUCUUGGCUAAAACAUGUUUUGAGUUUGGCUCCAAAUUUAUCACAGGGGUAUCUCGAAGAGUCACUCUCAAGAAUGAUUUCCAGGUACUCAAACAUCUCAAAUGCUGAUUUUAUUGAACAAUUUUACAAGACUAUUCUCGAGCAAAAAGAGUAUAUAAAUGAUCGGGUAUGGUUGAAGAUCAAAAGCAAUCAACUUAGUUCAUUGAUCGAUAGUGGCAUUAAUGAUAAAUAUCAUAUUGGAAAAAGCGGUAUUGACUCUGUUGAGUCCUUAUUAAGAGAAAUUCAGACAAAACUAUUGCAUGUUCCUGAUGCUACACGCAAACUAUUCAAUCUCGAGAUCAUUGCAGCGGAAAUGGAGUUUUUGUUCCAAACCAAAACGUUGGACCUUUUCAGAAUGAACAGACUAUAUAAACAAAGCUUAAAGAGCACUACUGCUGUGACGCAUCCAAAGAUUGUUGGUAUAAUCAAAGAGUGUGGAGCCAAAGUGCAUUUUUUUCGGCAAGAUUACGAAAGAGCCAAAUAUGAAUUUUACCAAAGUUUCAAAAGCUAUGACGAAGCAGGUGGUUCUACCAAUGAGAAAAAGAAUAAGAACUUGAAAUAUCUUGCAUUGUGCUCGCUAUUGACUGAUGAUGAAUUGGACCCUUUCCAGUCUCAAGAGACACAGACGUUUGCACUGAAUAAUCCAGACUUUGACAAUCUCAAAAGUUUGAUCCAUGCGUAUCAUUCAUUGUCUAUACACGAGCUUCAGCUGGUGUUGAAUAAUGAUCCACUAUUUCGAACCGAUGAUAUAUUUGUACAUGCUGCGAUGCAAUUGCAAAAGAAUUUGAGGUUGAAUUUGUUGCUGAAGCUUAUUGCUGAGACAGAUCAGCUAACUUUUGUUGAUCUAAUAGCAACGCUCGACUUGGAUAGCUUUAGUGAUCUUGAAGAUCUUUUGUCAAAACUUGUAAGCCGGGGUCAACUUAAGGAUGUCAAAAUUGAUUACGUUAAGGGUAUUAUUUUUUCCAAAGAUGUCUGUACCAACUUACUCAGACCAACUUCCGCGAGAUCAAUAUAUUAUAAUAUUAAGUUUAUUGACUCUCUUUGGGGUAGGGAUCAGCCGAGGGUGACAAAAGCUGGAACAGAAUCUAGAACCGAAUCUGGAUCUGGAUUUGGAUCUGGAUUAGAAACCGGAUUAGAGAGUGGAUUAGAGAGUGGAUUGGAAGGGUCUGUUGAGCCAACUGAUGAGAUGAUGCAAGUUGAUAGUAAUCCAUCUUUGCUUUUUGCCACGGGCGAAUUGGCUGGAUCCUUUACUUCCUCGUCGCUAGCUAACAAACUUUUUUUCCUCAUUGAUCGACCCCAAUCGCCACCAGAUUGGUUUCCUGCAAUAGAGAAGUGGUACACCUAUGUCAUGUCAGCGUUGCCAAAACCUUACAAGGUGCAAAUGAGCCACAAUGAACAGGUUGUUCAGGAACAACAAAAGUUUAUUGCAGAUAGCAACGCCGCAAAGGCUUCAGCAGCAGCACGCGGACAAGAGUUGGCAAAUUUCAAUACAGGUUUAUUGAAUUCUACGAUAGGAGGAGUUGGCGAGAAUGUUGGUGGAGGUGUUGGUACAGAUACAGGAACAGGAACAGGAACAGGGACAAGAGAUGACGGUUUCUUUGCUGGUAACAGCGGCAGUGGCGACAAUAUUGAUGAUGAAGAUGAAUCCGAAAUUACACUAGUCAAGCGUGUGGAUUUAUUAAAGACAUGGGUUCAGACAUUAACUAGUUAG